UUUAAAUCCAUUCCCUACCACUGAAACUGAUGGGCUGUCUCGUUUUGUCUCCACCCAAAAAGAGCUCUCUUCUCUAUGCCCUCCUCUCUCCUGGACACCGGAUCCAACAACCAUCCUCUUCUAACUUUUGUUUGUCUUCUUGCUUCUCCUUCCUGUUGCUCUUCCAGCAGUCUCUUUUAUCGUUCUUCUAGCCAUGGCGAUAAUGGGUCCAAGGAGCAGAAGAAAAAACCAUGCGUGGUGCGUGCAGCCCCUGACACCUCUGAUGGAGAGUCCUGACCCGGAGGCGCAGGGAAAAAAAGCCAAAAAGGAGGGAUCUUGGGAAGUAAUUCGGACAUGGGUUCGCAUGCAAAUGGAGAAGGGUGUCUCAGGAAACCAUCUUCCGAUCCCAUUUCAUGGAAACAGUGCGUCGAAGAAAAUGGAUUUAAAGUUAAUUCUAGGAAUACUUGGAUGUCCCCUAGCCCCCAUACCCUUGACUGCCGAGCCAAGUCACUACCUCUCAAUCAAAGACACUCCAAUCGAGACUUCCUCUGCUCGUUAUAUAAUACAGCAGUACUUGGCGGCGACGGGUUGCUUAAAACUUCGGCGGUGCAUGAAGAGCAUGUACGCAGCUGGUACCGUGAAGAUGAUUCAUUGCGAGACGGAAAGCACGACGGGGAGGGGCGGUGGAGCGAAUGGGUGCUUUGUCUUGUGGCAGAUGUCGCCGGGGAUGUGGCUGAUGGAGUUGGUGGCUGCAGGCUCCAAAGUGAUCGCGGGCAGCAACGGUAAGAUUGUUUGGAGGCACUUGCCUUGCUCCGGGAUGAAUGCAGCCAGAGGUCCCCAACGGCCACUCCGGCGCAUCGUUCAGGGAUUGGAUCCAAAAAGCACAGCAAGCAUGUUCGCCAAAGCACAAUGCUUAGGUGAGAAGCGCAUCGGCGACGAUGAUUGCUUCGUACUCAAAGUAUCAGCGGAUCAUGCGACCAUCGCAGAGCAAGCUGAUGGGCCAGCUGAAGUUAUCAGACAUGUCCUGUAUGGAUACUUCAGCCAGAAGAACGGCCUCCUCGUCUGCAUGGAAGACUCGCACCUUACCAAAGUCCAGUCCCCAGGGUCCGAAGCCAUCUAUUGGGAGACAACCAUUGGAAGCACCAUCGAGGACUAUAGGAAUGUCGAUAACGUCCUCGUAGCUCAUCAAGGGAGGUCCACCGCGACUGUGUUUCGCUUCAGUGACAACUCUCCCAAACACAGCAGAACGACGAUGGAAGAGCUGUGGAGGAUCGACGACGUAGUCUUCAACGUUCCGGGUCUUUCGAUGGAUUGUUUCAUUCCCCCAGCAGAGAUUUUGAGCGUCAUCAACGAUUUGUGAUCAUAAGAAAUAUGAGAACAAGAUUAUACAACAUAUAUGUAAAUUUUGUAUGUAAAAUGUGUUAGAAUAAUUUUAAAAUAUGGGCUUACACUGAUUGCGUAUUUUUGUUUUAUAAAACGAGUUAGACGUAUGGCU